ACAUUCAAAAUGAAUGGCACUGCACUGCAACAAUGCAUGUAACGUACAUUGGUGUAAUGCACGUGUUUGUGCAAUGCAUACAGACAUUAGGACUGAGUGACUGCACCAGGGGCGGACUGACCAUUUGGAAACUCGGGCACUGCCCGAGGGCCCCGGGGUCAGUAGGGGGCCCCAUGAGAUGCCCCUGGUACAUUUUUCUUAGGCUUUUUUGAGUUUGGGCAAGGACACAGGGGCCCCAUGAUCCCCUAUUGCCCGGGGGCCCCAUGAGUUGUCAGUCCG